AUGGCACCCAGUUGGCUACUGGCGUACGCACAAUGUGCUGAUGCAGAUUGGAAUGUCCGUGAUCCAGACGACGUGUGUGGUAUCUGCCAGAACUACUUUGAUGGCGUGUGUGGUGCCUGCAAGGACCCUGGCGAUGCAUGCCCUCUAGCGGUGGGCGAAUGCACGCACGAGUUCCACUUGCACUGUAUCAUGAAAUGGCUCUCGGAAAAGCACGAACCCAUGUGCCCUCUGUGCAAGCGGCCUUGGCUGGAAGUCAGCUCGACGGCGCCGGCGCCGGCGCGCUCCCCUGCUUCACCAGGUGUACCAUAG